AUGAUGUUCUCGAGCCAGGUCGACGCCUUCUCGCCGUCGCAGUUCACCGCGUCGCAGAACGCCGCCGCCGACUCCACCCCCAACAAGUUCCGGGGCGCGUCGGGCACGAUGCCGCUGACGGUGAAGCAGAUCGCGGACGCGCAGCUGGCCGGCACCGGAGAGAAGGGCGCGCCCUUCGUCGUCGACGGCGUCGAGACGGCCAACGUCAGGCUCGUGGGGAUGGUGAGCGGCAAGGCGGAGCGGAACACGGACGUCUCCUUCACCCUCGACGACGGCACCGGCCGCAUCGACUUCAUCAGAUGGGUGAAUGAUUCUGCAGAUUCUGCUGAAACUGCUGCUAUUCAGAAUGGUAUGUACGUUGCUGUCAUCGGUAGCCUCAAGGGAGUUCAGGACAAGAAGCGUGCUACGGCUUUUGCAGUCAGGCCUAUAACUGAUUACAACGAGGUCACGCUGCAUUUCAUUCAGUGUGUACGGAUGCACAUAGAGAACACAAAAUCAAAGGUUGGCAGUCCUGCGCACACCAAUUCUUCUGUGGGAACUCCAUUCUCCAACAGAUUGAGCGAAGCGGCCACUCCACCCUCUGUGAAAUCCAACCUGGCACCAGUGACCAGUGGAACAAACGGAUCAGAGACAGAUUUCUACACGCAGGUGCUGAAUGUCUUCCGUGAACCGGCAAACAUCGAGAGUGACCAUGGCGUUCAUGUGGAUGACAUUGCCAAGCGGUUCAGGCUACCAGUACUCAAGAUCAAGGAGGCUAUCGACUACCACGUCGAUGUCGGGCACAUCUACUCGACCAUCGAUGAUUUCCACUACAAGUCAGCGUUCGUCGACUAA